UAAUCCCUCGUAUAAAAAACACCAAACGAAAGCUGGUAUAAGAAAUCCGCAACCAUAUUCACACUAUCAUGUAUUCACAAAUGAAGAAAAAAACACCAAACCACAUCAACAUUCCCAAAACUCCUUACAACACCAGUCAUGAUGAUGAUGAUGAUUCAACCGAACACUCUCCACAUAUUCAACUUUGUAACAACCUCAACCCAUGUUGUUUUUUCUGCAUAAUGAAAGAACAAGAUCCAUCUCUCAGAAAAUCAAAAAUAUCAACAUACUUCAAAGAAAUGCCUCAAAUAGACAAUCAAGAACAUGUUCUAGUCCUCAGUGGACUAUGGAACAUAGCCAUGACACAACCCAACGAUCCAGAGUUUCCUUCUCUAGGUAUAUUCAACUGCAUGGCGAAACUCAUCACCAAAGGUACAAACAACAAACACUGGCUUCUUCAAAGUCAAAACAUUUACAUACCUUAUUAUGCUGCUCAUAUUAUUGGUUCUUACACCAUGCACAAAGAAGAGUUUGCACAGAUGGCUAUUCGAUCUGGUGUUAUACCACCAUUGUUAGAGCUUCUGAAAGGUAGGAUAAGUUGGGUUGAACAAAGAGUUGCUGUUAGAGCACUUGGUCAUUUAGCUAGUUACAGAAGCACUUUUGAAUUAGUCUCUGAGUAUGAAUCUGAGUUGGUGAAAUCAACUAUGAAUUUAGCUUCAUCUUGCUUAGAAAAAAUCUAUGUUGAAUUCGUAUCUGUUAAGAGAAGAGUUCAGUAUCAUAGAAACUUGCUUACAAGAGGCUUAGGUGAUUUAGAAAUGGAGAAUCGAAAAGCCGAAGAAUGGGCUAGUCAACUUCAAUGUUGGUGUAUUUAUCUUCUGAAUUGCUUUGCUUCCAAAGAUUCUAACUCUCUGAAUUUAAUAUGUAAAAAAGUUUUCUUAAAUGAUUUAUGUGAUAUGUGGGGUGGAUUGAUGAAUAACACUUCACCAGGUGGAUUUGGACUCAUUAGAAUCCUUUGUUAUAAUAAGUUAGGAAGAAAAAAAAUUUCUGAGUCACCAAAAGUUGUGAAAAGUUUAUGUAACCUCUCAAGAUCUUGUGAUGAUUGGCAGUAUCUUGGUAUAGAUUGUCUUUUAUUGCUUCUCAAGGACCAAAAUACAAGGUACAAAGUUAUUGAUAAUGUUGAUGUUGUUUCAUGUCUUGUUGAUUUGAUUGAACUUAGAAGACUUGGUGAUAAAUCAAACGUUGGUGACACCAUCAUCACCAAGGUGCUAGUGCAACUUCUUGAACAUACUAAUAAUGAUUGCUAUAAAUUCGCUACGAAACUUGUUUCCCUCGAUUCGAAGAUUGAUAGGAGGAAUAAGGAGAGACUAAUGUCGGAGGUAGAAUUGAAAGAAAAACUGGUUACGGCGAAGUUGAUGAAGAAAGAAGGGAAUAAAAUGUUUAGUUUGGGAAAAGUUGAAGAAGCUUUAUUGAAAUAUUUUGAAGCACUUGAAGUGUGUCCAUUGAGGUAUAGAAAUGAAAGAAUGGUGAUUUAUAGUAACAAAGCUCAGUGUAGUCUUUUGCUUAAAGAUCCUGAUUCAGCUAUAAGUGAUUCAACACAAGCUCUUUGUUUAUGUAAUCCAGCAAAUACACAUGGGAAGAGUCUUUGGAGAAGAUCACAAGCUUAUGAUAUGAAAGGAAUGGCAAAAGAGAGUCUUUUGGAUUGUGUAAUGUUUAUGAAUGGUUUUGUUAAGUCAAAUGAGAAGAACAGUGUUAAGGUUCCUUAUCAUGUUGCUAGGAUGUUUUGUAAACAAAUGGAUGCUACAUGGAUGUUUAGGAAUGCUUGUUCAAAGUCAAAGUCAAAGUCAAAGGUAAUAGAGAAGAUUGAAGGUGAUUAUGAGAGUGGCAAUGAGAGCAACUAUGAAGAAUUAGAUCAAACCUAUGAUCAUAAGAAGAAUUUCAUGGCAGGUUUGUGUACCAUUAUGGAAAAACCUUUUCAUGUGAAAGAAGGUAGAAGGAGAAAGAUGGAAAGAGCAAGAAGGAGAUUCAAGAAAGGUGUUGUUGUAGCUCGAUUAAUGUAAGACUAGUUGAGGGAGGGAAUCUUAUGUGCCACCUUUCUACAAUUUUGGACACUAGCUAGUUAGAAUUUAUUAACAAAUAUAUAGUUUGUAUUGGUACUUAAUUUGGUAGUGGCAGGUUCAAAUCAAACCAUCUAUUUCUUUACAUAGUGAAAAUGGUAAAUGGUGUGUGUGUGUGGUGCAAAGAAUAGAAUGAGUAAUCAUGAAAUAAAAAAAUAAAAAAACCAGCAUAGCAGCACUAAGGGAAAUGGAGAGGACCACAUUUCCAUUUUCAUUAUAAUAUUGUUACUUAUGGUUAGACACCCAUAUGACAUUCGAGACUAACACUUCUAAUUAUAUUUAAUUUAUUUAAUUUAUUAAAUUAUUAUUGAUAUUGAUGCGUCAGUAUCUUAUUUCUUAUUUAAUAUUAUUUUUUAUUUAAUAUACGUGUUUGAUAA